AUGACUGAGGUGGAGGUAAACGGCAUGAGCAGGGUCGAUCUGGAUCUCGGUGCCACAAAGGCAGCAUUGACUUCCUCCUCUACUACCACUCGUCUGGGCAACCUGCAUGCCCUUGAAGAAAGGCUCUCGAAUAAGGAGAUAAACCAGCAACUCUUUCUACCCUUACUGCAACUUCUAUUCACUACAUAUCCCUUCUACCAUGACAGAAAUUCCCGGAGAGCUGUGCAGCAAUGCCUACGGGCUGUUUUCAGUUCGGGAUGUGCCCCCGAAGUACUGCUAGAAUUUGUCAAGGCCGUCCAGAUAGAGACUACAAAGCAGGGCCUUGCUCCCGGCAAUGCAUUUGUCCUGGUUGAAUGGUGUAGCAUUUUACUGCAAGAGAGUGCUGGCACAACAUACUGGGAGAAAUGGGGGCUACUGCUCAUGGAAAGCAAUGCCCGGGUACUUGAACUUUGUCUUGGCAAAUCGAUACGAUCCAAUCUGAAGCAGACGGCCCUCGUUAUCACCAGACGCGGUUUGCGUAAGGUUUUCUCGAAGGGUGACGCUGGGACAAAAGCUAUCGAAGAAGCUGUGCACAUGCUAUCUUCUAAAGGAUCACAACCAUCUGCCAACGCCGUCAUGUUGGGAGUCGUUGCUGGGGUGUGUUCGAGGAAACCGGAGGCAAAGAAAGUACUGUCAACGAAGACAUCCGAAUAUUAUACUUUCUAUAUCCGAGAGAUCAUCGGGUCACGGACUCCAUUGCCAGACUACAUAUCCAAGGCUAUGGGGGACUUCUUUGAAGCUUUUACAACCUUAGAAGAUGUGGAGAAAUUGCUCGUUCCAGCUCUUGAGAAGGCCCUCCUUCGUGCACCUGAGGUUGUGCUGAAUGAUCUGCUCACUCCGCUUUUCAGUUCCAUUCCGAACUCUGUUGACCUCUCGGGUGUCCUUCGAAACAGCCUUUUGAAGCCGCUACUGGCUAAUACAAAGUCUACCAAUGCUGCGGUACGCCAAGGCGCUUUCUCCGCUUUCAAAGCCGCGGUCCUCAAGUGCCAUAACACGGAUCUGAUCACUCAGAUUGCUCAAGAAGUCCUCAGUCCUCUGAAAGCUGGCAAAUUGGCUUCGGCUGAACAGAGAGCUUAUUACGCCGAUAUGCUCACCAUUUUGCCUCCCUCGGAGGUUACAGUAACUCAUGUCGCCCCUGCAAUGGCUGUUAUUGCCGGAAAAGAAGCCAACGAAGCUGCUCUUCACUCGGAGACUUUGACGCUUCUUCAUUAUGUUAUCUGGGGACUCCUCAAUGACCUAGAUAUUGACAAGCAAGUGAUCGAUGCCUUUGUCAAAGGGCUCUCCGAUAAGAAGGUGCCUGUCAAAAAGCUCUGGGCUAUCCGCCUUGGAGAACUAUUUUGGUCUACCAGUGAUGCAGAUACCUGGAAGUUCAAGUUCUCUAAACUCGCAGAGUCAACAAUACCAGCAUUGAUGACUACCUGGCAAGAGGUAACUGCGAAUCCACUUGCAGCUGCACAAUCGGGUCUAGUUACCAGUGCAUACGUCCUCACAGCCAUCUCGACUUCAAGACUCCAUUUGUGCUCGAACGUAAAAGUAGAGACGGCACUUAAGAAGGCUCAAAUUGAGCAGCAUGCACUGACAGUGGAGCCGAAGCCAUCAUACUUACUAAAUCAGCGUAUCUAUGCCAAGCUCUCCAGCGACGAUGAUUUCAAGUGGUUCAUUCGAGCUCUAUCCUCGGUAUCGAAAGGUCUUGCUGGCGUUGAGUCAGAUUCCGCAGUAGCAGCUGCCUGGUCUCAAGCUACGAUAUUCUGUGUUUGUUCAUCUAGCAUCAAACCCCGAACCCGAAAAGCUGCUUCGGGUAUGUUGUCACAGCUCUAUAUCCGAGAUCCCGCGCGCAUUUCUUCGAUAGUUGUUCAUGGACUCUGGAAGUGGCGAAAUUCCGUUGAAUCGGGAGAUAAAGACACAGCUGCCGCAGCUGCGAAGACCGACAAUGAAUAUCUACAUGUAGUCGUCAAGUCGAUCUGCCUCUCAGCAGCAGAUCUGACCAUACUAGGUAGCCAAAUUGUUUCCGAAGUUCGGAGACAACAAAUGAUAUCUUUGUUGGUUCUUUCGCGGCCAGAAUUAUUACCGCAAGUUAGUUGGAUUGAGCUUUGUCUGCGAGUCGACGUCGACCCUGGAGAUUUGGCGCGAGAGUCAGGAGAUGCUUUGCUGCAGCAGAUUCUCGAUUGCACCAGCUUCAGCGAAUCGGAAAAUCUUGAACGAUCCGAGAAGGUCAAAAUUGCAGCAUUCAACGCAGCUGCUGAGUUGGCGUUCGUUGCACCCGACGUAAUGACAUCUCGGAUUGUAAGCCUCAUUGAACGUGAUCUUGACCCAUCCCAGUUAGCCAGCGUAGGCCCGACCGAGGCGGCUAUCUUCCGGACCGAAGAGGGUACUGCUUUUGUUGAUGUACUCGCUUCAAAGUCACAAAGUUAUGUUCCGAAUAAAAACACCAAAGACUACGAUACCCUCAAGUGGGAAGAAGAGUUAAGGUCGCAGCUCGCGCAAAAGAAGGGCCAACAGAAAAAACUUACUCCGGAAGAAACUGCGAAGGUCAAGGCUCAACUGAAGAAGGAAGCCGACAUCCGUCUCGAGAUCGGAUAUGUUGUAGCGAAACUUUUGCGUGGGAUUGGCAUCAUCAGGAGUUUGGCAAUUGGUCCCCCAACAGAAGCAGGCCUGUGGAUGGGUCCCGCAGUAAAAGCCCUGGUAAAUAUUAUCACUGCCGGCGCUGGCUUGCUGACGGCAAAUGCUGCUCCCGAUGCGUACAUUCUGUGUGCUGAACGAUUACCAAGUCGAAUUGGUGUGCUACGGCCCUUCAUUGGUAUUGCAACUCUGAGAGGAUUAGAUGUUCCCCACCUUCCAGAAAAUCUCGUCCAAGAACCACUAGGUGCUCUCGUCACUCGAGUCCUAUACCGCCUACGAUUCUCUGGAGAACAACGUCCCUUUGAUACCGUUUCCUUGACGUACAUCCUUCCGCUAGUCUUUCUGGUGCUCCAGAAGGGUGGCUUUGGCGAAACUGACGAUGCUGAAGCUCAGCUCGUACUCGCUCUAGAAUUCCUCACAUUUCAUACGGAUGCUUGCUCGGACAUUCUCGUACCGCGUAAGGAAGUUCUGUCCAACCUGAUAUUCUCCAUGCAAACCUACAAUCAGCACUACAAGAUCGUCAAGGAUUGCUUGGCUGACCUUUGCCGUUGCCUGGCGCCAAAUAUCACCAACGAGGAGAUCGCCAUUCUUGCGCAAGGUGCCACUGUUCCCCAGGUUUCUGUUCGAACAUCAGUCUUGCAGUCGAUCAGCGCCGAUAUUGACAUGAGCGAAUUGGACUUCUCGGAGGAAAUCUGGCUAGCAUGCCACGACGAUGUCCCUGAGAAUGUUGAGAUUGGGAAGGAGAUAUGGGACGAGAGUGACUUUGCAAUAUCGGAUGACAAACCGUUCCGAAUGCUGCGAUAUCUCGAUAGUAAGGAUAAACAACUCAGAAGGGCCGCAGCGCGAUCUUUAACAGAGGCAGUCAAGAUGCAACCAUCGACAUUCCGUGAUGUUCUGUCAGGUUUAGAGUCUCGGUACCAGGAUUUGGCAAAGCCCCGUGUUCCUCAGCUUGAUGAGUAUGGUAUGCCCAAGAAAACGGAUCUUUCAGACCCAUGGGAGGCCAGAAAUGGUAUCGCUCUUUCUUUCAAGGAGCUUGCGUCAGUUUUUGAGGAGAGCCUGCUGGACGACUUCUUACGUUUCCUGAUUGAACAAGGACCUCUAGGCGACCGAGACCCCAACGUGAGGGAAGAGAUGGUCGAGGCUGCCGUUACCAUCAUCGCACUUCAUGGCAAAGACAAGGUCGAAGCUCUCAUGACGACCUUUGAGCAUACUCUUGAAGCUCCGGACAAAGGUUCCGAAUUCGCGGAUCGAGUGAACGAAGCUGUCAUUAUUAUGUAUGGUGCCCUAGCUCGGCAUUUGAAGUCAGGCGACCCUCGCGUCCCCAAGGUUGUCCAGAGGUUGUUAGAUACACUGAGUACACCCUCCGAAGCUGUGCAGUAUGCAGUUGCCGAAUGCUUACCACCUCUCGUUCGAGCAUCGAGCGACAAUACCCACGAAUACGUACAACACGUUCUCGACCGUCUAUACAACUCUAAGAAGUAUGCUGGUCGACGUGGUGCAGCAUACGGUCUUGCUGGAAUUGUGCAUGGUAAAGGAAUCUCUGCUCUAAGAGAAUUCAGAGUCAUGUCAACAUUGAAGAGUGGCAUCGAAAACAAGAAGGAUGUCAAUCAUCGCGAGGGUGCCUUGCUUGCAUAUGAACUUCUAUCAACUAUCUUGGGGCGUAUCUUUGAGCCCUACGUCAUUCAAAUCGUACCUCAACUGCUCCAGAGCUUUGGUGACGCCAGUGCCGACGUUCGGGAUGGUUGUCUGGCAGCUGCCAAAGCUUGCUUUGCCAGCCUGAGCUCGUACGGCGUGAAGCGAAUACUACCUACUUUACUGGACGGUCUUGAUGACCAGCAGUGGAGAAGCAAGAAGGGUGCCUGCGAUCUUCUCGGUGCCAUGGCUUACCUCGACCCACAACAACUCGCCCAAAGUCUUCCCGUGAUCAUCCCGCCUUUGACUGGAGUUCUGAACGACAGUCACAAGGAAGUUCGACUUGCGGCAAAUAGGAGUUUGAAACGCUUCGGUGAGGUUAUCAAUAACCCGGAAAUCAAGGGCUUGGUCAGUGUUCUUCUUAAAGCUCUGAGUGAUCCUACCAAGUACACCGAUGAUGCUUUGGACGCCCUUAUCAAAGUGUCUUUUAUUCAUUACCUCGACGCUCCAUCUCUUGCCCUUGUGGCUCGCAUUUUAGAAAGAGGUUUGGGAGACCGCUCAGCGACGAAGCGAAAAUCUGCGCAAGUCAUUGGCAGUUUGGCACAUCUAACCGAACGGAAAGACCUUAUCGCCCAUCUGCCAAUAUUGGUUGCAGGUCUCAAGAUCGCUGUGGUUGACCCGGUUCCUACGACUCGCGCUACCGCGUCCAAAGCUUUGGGUUCUCUAAUCGAGAAAUUGGGCGAGGAUGCGCUACCAGACCUGAUUCCAGGUCUUAUGCAGACUUUGAAGUCAGACACUGGUGCCGGAGACCGUCUUGGAUCUGCCCAAGCUCUCAGUGAAGUACUCGCAGGUCUUGGAACUGGACGUCUUGAGGAGACACUGCCCACUAUCCUUCAAAACGUUGCCUCCGCCAAGCCUUCCGUUCGCGAGGGAUUCAUGUCACUUUUCAUCUUCUUGCCCGUCUGUUUCGGAAACAGCUUCGCCAGCUACCUGAGCAGAAUUAUUCCUCCUAUUCUGUCUGGUCUUGCAGACGAAGUUGAGUCGAUUCGCGACAUCUCCCUCCGCGCCGGACGCCUGCUUGUCAAGAACUUUGCAACGAAAUCCAUCGAUCUUCUACUUCCAGAACUUGAGCGUGGUCUUGCUGAUGACAGCUACAGAAUUCGUCUCAGUUCUGUCGAGCUGGUUGGUGAUCUUCUAUUCAAUCUCACCGGCAUUAGCGCCACGAAUGAAGCUGAAGAUAUCGAAGAGGGUGCACAAGAAGCAGGAGUGUCACUCCUGGAAGUUCUCGGCGAAGAGAAGAGGAACAAGGUGCUCUCAUCACUCUAUGUCUGUCGCUGCGAUACUUCUGGAUUGGUCCGUACUGCUGCUGUGAACGUGUGGAAGGCACUUGUUGCCAGUCCAAGAACACUGAAGGAACUUAUCCCCACAUUGUCACAACUCAUCAUCCGAAGACUGGGCAGUUCCAACAUGGAGCAGAAGGUUAUCGCGGGUAAUGCACUUGGAGAGCUUAUUCGAAAGGCUGGUGAUGGUAUCCUGUCAACCUUACUACCAACUCUGGAAGAGGGUCUGCAAAAAUCCACCGAUACAGACGCUAAGCAAGGUAUCUGCAUUGCUUUGCGCGAGUUGAUCUCUUCGGCCUCCCCAGAUGCAUUAGAGGAUCACGAAAAGACCCUCAUCUCAGUCGUGCGAACGGCUUUGACCGAUUCGGACGAGGAUGUCCGAGAAGCAGCAGCUGAAGCUUUCGACUCGUUGCAACAAAUCUUGGGCAAGCGUGCUGUGGACCAGGUCCUGCCUUAUCUUUUGAACCUAUUACGAACCGAAGACGAGGCCGACAACGCAUUAUCUGCUCUGUUGACGCUGCUCACGGAGACCACUCGAUCCAACAUAAUCCUUCCAAACUUGAUACCAACGCUCACCACAUCCCCAAUAUCGUCCUUCAAUGCCAAGGCGCUUGCUUCCCUAUCUACCGUCGCUGGAUCAGCUAUGACACGACGCCUGUCAAGUAUCCUGAAUUCUCUCAUGGACAACAUCGUUUCUUGCAAAGACGAGGAUCUCCUUGCAGACCUCAACGCAUCGUUUGACACCGUUGUCCUAUCUAUUGACGAGUUUGAUGGGUUAAAUACUGCUAUGAGUGUUUUACUUGCAUUGGUGAAGCAUGACGACCACCGACGCAGAGCUGCGACUGACUACCAUCUUGCCAAGUUCUUCGCUUCCUCUACAGUGGACUACUCUCGCUACAAUCAAGAUAUCAUUCGGGCGCUGCUUAUCUCGUUCGACGACAGCGAUAAUGAGGUUGUGAAGGCUGCUUGGACUGCUCUAUCAGAGUUCACCAAACGCUUGAAGAAAGAGGAGAUGGAGGCACUGGUCUAUUCUACUCGGCAAAUUCUGCAACACGUCGGUGUUGCAGGUGCUAAUCUUCCCGGCUUCUCGUUACCGAAGGGUAUCAACGCUAUUCUGCCCAUCUUCUUGCAAGGUCUGAUGAAUGGUACUCCCGAGCAAAGAACUCAGUCCGCUCUUGGUAUCUCUGAUAUCGUUGAUCGAACAAGUGGAGAAGCCCUAAAGCCAUUUGUUACCCAGAUCACUGGACCUCUCAUUCGUGUUGUGUCUGAGCGUUCAGUCGAUGUCAAGGCUGCAAUUCUGCUGACCUUGAACAACCUGCUUGAAAAGAUCCCGACGUUCCUUAAGCCUUUCUUGCCGCAACUUCAAAGAACGUUUGCCAAAUCAUUGGCUGAUACAUCGAGCGAGGUCUUGAGAACAAGAGCAGCGAAGGCCCUUGGUACUCUGAUUACACUGACACCUCGUAUUGAUCCAUUGAUAGCCGAACUUGUCACCGGAUCGAGAACUUCGGAUAUCGGAGUUCACAAUGCUAUGCUGAAAGCACUCUACGAAGUCAUCAGCAAGGCAGGGGCUAAUAUGAGCGAGGCAUCAAGAGGUGCGGUGCUCAGUCUUAUUGAUACGGACUCUGAGGACAGCGAUGUUUCAAUGAGCAUCACCAACGCCAAGUUACUUGGUGCUCUGAUCAAGAAUGUGCCUGUAGAGAGUGCCACCAGUCUCAUCAAGAAUCGGGUAUUGCCGAAUCACUUCAAUCAAUCGUCUAUUCUCGCUCUGAACGCUGUGCUUCUGGAAGCUCCGACCUCUCUGACCGAGACUGCCUUUGCAGAUGACCUUCCUCCGGCCAUCUGCCGAGGUAUGACAAGCAGGAAUAAUUUCAUCUCCGACAACUGUGUUCUUGCAGCAGGCAAGUAUCUUCUUUUGGACAGCCGCAGCACUGAUUACGAGACCUUAAAACCAUUGUUUGAAACAUUAGCGACUCUGAUCCAACCUGGCAACUCUGUAGACACACGCCGUCUCUCCCUGGUAGUCAUUCGCACAAUUUGUCGCCACCACAUGGAGGUUAUCCGACCACAUUUGCCUCUACUGACGCUUCCUGUGUUCGCCAGUGUACGAGAUCCUGUCAUCCCCGUCAAGCUAGCUGCUGAGGCAGCAUUCAUGGCUCUCUUCAACGUUGUCGAUGACGAGAGCAAAGUGUUCGAGAAGUACAUUUCUACCCAAGACUUGCCUGCAAAUCAAAAGAGAAGCAUGCAGGAUUACUUCAAGCGGGUGGCAUUAAGACUUGGCAAUACGGCACGAGAGCGGAAGGAGGCUGAGGGUGGACAGGGAGGACUGGGAUUGUCAAAUGACGAAGUGGAUGAUGAGAGAGAGAUAUGGAGUGUUGGAAAGGUUGAUCUCGGGGAGAGAGCAUUUGAUGAGUGA